UAAAACCUUAAAAUUCCUGUAAAUAAAACACAAAUGAAAUUGCCGUACUCCCCGAUGUCGGUGAUGUUUCCGGUUGAAAUCGAGUGAGCAUGCAGAAAAUGACACUCAAAUACUCAAUCACCUUUUAUUCAAUUGAAUUGAAUUGAAUUGGAAGCUCCGCUCUAAAAAUCCCCCAAUCUUCCUUCCAGAUUCUUCUCGCCAUUUUCAGUACCUUUUGUUUUCCUUUUUCAUGUUUCAGCAAGGAGAGAAAAUGAGUCCAGCGAUUGAUGAGGAGAUGCUGUUGAAUAUUUUAGAUAAUUCUUUGCUGAUAACCCCACCAGAAUACGAAAGGCAAGAAACCUCUCCCCUACGCGAUUUUCAUAAUGUAUGUGGGCCGAUUCCCUCAAGAAAUAACAUGCAAAAUAGAGGAGGGGUUUGUGGGCAAAGAGAGGGUGAUUUUCGCGAAAAGGGUAGAAAUCUUCGCGAAGUGAAGGGUGAAAUAUUUUCAGAAGAAUCCGAGAGUCAUAUACCUGUUUGCCUAAAUGGAGUUGAAUUGGCUUCAUCUAGUUCAGUUAAACUGGAAACGGUAGAUUAUGACAAUGGAGAGUUGCCGGAGAUGCCAGUUGUGAACCCUGAACUACCAAGUGAUGGGCAAUAUACUAGUAUACAUGACCCGAAAGAACCUGCUGAUGUUAUUAAGCACGAAGUGGUGGAUGAAGCAAAUACAGUGCAGCCUUGUUUAAUUCCACACGGCCCGAUCCCUUCAAAUCUUCAGCGGAAGGAACAGAGGUAUCCAUCUCGGAAAAGAGUUUCUUCUAACUGUGAUUUUCGUAGGAGUAAAGCACCUAGGCUUAGUAAAACCCAGGACAAACAUUUAGGUCAACGUGAAACAGUAUCCAACAUCCACAAAGAAGUUAUGAUGAAAGAUGUAGACCAAAUUGUAGAAGAGCCCAAUGAUAAUGUUUCCAAGGACAAGAAACAACAAGAUGUUGAACACGAAGAUUUUUUUGAUGAUGGACGAGGAGAAGGAACGAAACAAUCAGAAAUUAAUGGAAAAGUGUCCACAUUUUCCAUUAAGGUUCAAAAUAACAAGAAAAAGUCUACAAGAUUAUCUUGUAGCAACAUUAAGUUGGAAGAAGGUAGAAAUGUUGGUGUUGAAAAUUCUAGGGUUAUGUCUGCGCCUAGCUCUCCAAGGAGAGAUGGGGAAGCGGAAGUUGAAACCUCCCAAUCAAUGGCCGAGGGAAAGAAAAAAAAUGGGACGAAGCGUGGGUGUGCUAUGAGAAAGAAACGUAAUUGUUCACCUGAAAAAAAUAACGCUCGUCGUAAAGUACGGGAUACAUUACGGUUAUUUCAUGGCGUUCUCAGAAAGUUAGUGCAAGCCGAUGAAAAGAAGUCAAAGGGCCGAGUGGAUGCUAGCAUUCAGAUAAGUGUUGCUUUAAAGAUCUUUAAGGACCAUGGGAAGUAUAUUGAUGCAAAGAAAAGGAUGGGGCGUGUCCCUGGAGUUGAAGUAGGUGACCUUUUCAACUACCGUGUAGAACUUGAUAUUAUUGGGCUUCAUAAGCCACUACAAAGUGGUAUAGACUUCUUUAAGCUAGAUGACGAAUUAAUUGCAAUAAGUGUCGUAGCUUCCGGACGAUAUGAUAAUGUCGUGGAAAACUCCGAUGUAUUGAUUUAUGUUGGUCAAGGCGGGAAUGUAGCUGGUGGAUGCAAGCAGCUUGAAGAUCAGAAGCUUUUAGGAGGGAAUCUAGCACUAAAGAAUAGCAUUGAUAAGAAGAAUCCAGUGAGGGUUAUUCGUGGAUUUAAAGAAAGGAAAACCAUCCGCGGGAAACGUGUAACAAUUCCGACGUAUGUCUAUGAUGGGCUAUAUACUGUUGAAAGGUGCUGGAAGGAACGUGGACCUCACGGAAAGUUGAUCUAUAAGUUUGAGUUAUUAAGAAUUCCAAAUCAGCCGGAGCUCACGUGGAAGAAACUCGUGAAAGUAAAGAAGUCAAAAAAGUCAAAGAGACGGGAAGGUCAUGUAGAUGAUGUUUCACAAGGUAAAGAAGAGACACCAAUUUGUGCCGUCAAUACCAUUGAUGGUGAGAAACCCUCACCAUUUACCUAUAUUACUUCAGUGAUGUACCCAGAUUGGUGUAGGCCUUUACCUCUCAAGGGUUGUGAUUGUAAAGAUGGAUGUUCAGAUUCAAAGCAUUGUGCUUGUGCCCUAAAAAAUGGAGGUGAGAUACCAUACAACUAUAGUGGGGCAAUUGUUGAAGAAAAGUCCUUGGUUUAUGAAUGCGGGCCUUCAUGCAAAUGUCCUCCAACUUGUCACAAUAGAGUUAGUCAACAUGGUAUUAAACUUCCUCUUGAGAUCUUCAAAACUGAAGCAAGGGGGUGGGGUGUGAGAUCUUCAUCUUCCAUUCCAUCAGGUAGCUUUGUAUGUGAGUACAUAGGAGAGCUCCUUGAUGAUAAAGAGGCCGAACAAAGAAUUGACGAUGAUGAAUAUUUGUUUGAUAUUGGUCGAAACUACAAUGAUCCUACUCUUCGUGACGGGCUUUCGACAUUGAUGCCGGAUAUGCCAUCAAGUCGUAGUGACGUGGUAGAAAAUGUUGGUUUUACAAUUGAUGCAAGAAAAUUUGGGAAUAUUGGGAGAUUCAUUAAUCAUAGUUGUUCCCCGAACCUCUUUGCGCAAAAUGUGCUUUAUGAUCACGAGGAUAAGAGGAUUCCUCACAUAAUGAUGUUUGCAUCCGAGAAUAUACCUCCCUUGCAAGAACUUACUUACCAUUACAACUAUACAUUAGACCAUGUUUUUGAUUCUGAAGGAAAUAUCAAGAAAAAGAGUUGCCACUGUGGUUCAUCAGAGUGCACUGGACGGAUGUAUUAAUGAACUUCUGCAACUUGCCUUACAUGAAAUUGCAGAGGAACACAUCAUGUUAUUUUUGUAGCAUAUAUAUAUGCCGAGAUCCCAAAUAAAAGGUUUUUCUGGUUUUUUUUUUUUUUUUUUUUUGACGAUGUAGUCUUUUUUCGGAAGGGAGAUUGUUGAGAUGAGUUUUCACCACAUGUUUCAGUCUUAAUAUGAUCAUACUCUGUAAUGUAGAUUAGAAGCAUCUUCAAUUCUCUGUUAUUAUUUUUUUAUUUCUUUUAUUUUUUUAAAUUCAGAUCGAGUUAGAGUCGGAUGUAAUUAUUAAUUAGUUGCUAUCAUCGUAUGUAACUAGUACUUUUUUCGUUGAUAAUAAUAAACUUUGGAGUCUCUUUCAAGGGUGGCAAA